GUAUUUCAAAAACUCUCAUCAAAUUUCCAGAGGUAUCCAGUAAGAAGAGCUCAUGCCAACAACCAUCUCUGGAGCUAGAUGGUUCCUACUUGGGUAUUGGGGGACCUCAAACUUUUAAUAAAAACAGCAGAGCAUCACAGGCUGGAAGCCCAGCCCGUGUUGCAUUGUCUCGGCCUUGCAGGAAUAAUCACGAUUAUGGGACUGAAAUCCAUUACAACCGUCGGGAGUGGCUGAAGGAAUGUGUGGUAGAAAAUGGCUUGCACGGAAAGUGUAACAACAUAAUUUCCCCAGCCAAGCAGAGGAACCCUCACCAUGUGAAACCAGCUCAGGAGAUGGACCAGAAAGCAAAUGAAUUUCAGAGCCUGUGCCCUCAGCAAAUGAGUCACAGUUAUGCCUGCAGGCAUGUAGGGAGCUCGGGGAGCAUGCAAGAGAGCCACCAUGUCAGUCAGGUACUUAGAAGACACUCUGGGCCAGGUCAAAAAACCUGUGAUUAUUCUAGGCGCUCUCAAGUUUCUGGGCUGAAUGACAGUGUGAACUCAGGGCCUAAAGAAACAGAGCAGGCUAAGAGGUUGUAUGAAGAAAGAAGGCAGAAGCUGCUUCUGCAGAAAAUGGAGCUGGAAAUUGAAAAGGAACGACUCCAACAUUUAUUGGCUAAGCAAGAAGCAAACCUGCUCCUGAAACAACAGCAACUACACCAAUCCCGUAUGGAUUAUAACAGGUUUAGAAGCCAAGUACCUGGUUCGGAUAUGCCCAUUGAUGAAGCACCUGGAGAACUUGCUCCGAUGAUGAACGGCAACAGCAUGGGGCUGAGUGUACCGGUGUUAAAAUGUGAAGAUUAUUUUCCAAGGACACCUCCAGUGAGCAAAACCUCCAGAACACCAGGCAGCAGUGGUGGGAACAGUUCGGGGAAGAAAAUGAUUUGUUUUGGUGCAAACACGGAAGAUGGGCAAACCCUUCUGAUGCAAACCAAGAGGGAAGGCACCAGGUCAAGGAAAGGGACAACUUCAGGACCUAGGAAGGAUGCAGCCAUGUCUCCUGUGCUGAUAGGCAGCAGCAAAAAGCAUGCAACCACAGCCACAUCACCCAUCCAGCAUGACACUUCACGGUAA